AUGCCGAGCCGCCCCGAGGAUUACGAAGUACUCUUCACCAUUGGCGCCGGUUCAUACGGCAGAUGCCAAAAAGUGCGGCGGAAGGCGGACGGCAAGGUUUUAGUCUGGAAGGAACUGGACUAUGGAUCUAUGACAGAAUCUGAAAAACAAAUGCUUGUUUCUGAAGUGAACUUACUUCGUGAACUGAAACAUCCAAAUAUUGUUCGUUAUUAUGAUCGUAUAAUUGACAGGACAAAUACAACACUUUAUAUUGUGAUGGAAUAUUGUGAAUGUGGAGAUUUGGCUUCACUGAUUGCAAAAUGUACAAAAGAAAGGCAUUAUCUGGAUGAAGCUUUUGUUCUUCGCGUCCUUACUCAAUUGACUUUGGCCCUGAAAGAGUGUCACAGGCGGAGUGAUGGUGGUCUCAUUGUGCUUCAUCGAGACUUGAAACCAGCAAAUAUUUUCCUUGAUGGCAAGAAAAAUGUGAAACUUGGUGAUUUUGGCCUGGCUAGAAUACUUCAUCAUGAUACCAGUUUUGCAAAAACAUUUGUUGGUACACCAUAUUAUAUGUCUCCAGAGCAAAUAAAUCGCAUGUCUUAUAAUGAAAAAUCUGACAUCUGGUCUCUAGGCUGUUUGCUAUAUGAGUUAUGUGCACUGUCACCUCCAUUUACAGCUUUUAAUCAGAAAGAGCUAGCACAAAAGAUAAGGGAAGGAAAGUUCAGACGAAUCCCAUACCGUUAUUCGGAACAGCUGAAUGAACUCAUCACAAAGAUGUUAAACCUGAAGGAUUAUUGCCGGCCUUCAGUUGAAGAAAUUUUACAGAAUCCAUUGAUAGUCGAUUUGGUAUCUGAGGAGCAAGUGAGAAUUUUGGAGAGGAAAGGACGACGAUCAGACCAGGAUAAAGUAGAAAGAGUUUCAGGAACACCAAGUAAUGAAUUAAAACUGAAAGAACAACAGCUGCAAGAGAAAGAGAAAGCUAUAGAGGAAAGGGAACACAGACUAGAACAGAGAGAACGAGAAUUGUGUAUUCGGGAGAGAUUAGCAGAGGACAAAUUGUCUAGGGCUGAGAAUUUGAUGAAGAAUUACAACUUAUUCAAGGACCAUAGAUUCUACCUGCCAGCAACUUGCCCAGGAAAAGAUGAAAUGUUACCUGUCCAUACAGCAAGAAAAAAGAAAGUCCAGUUUGGUGACGAAAGUAAAGAAAAUGCUCAAGGUGAGGAAAACCUGGAAAACUUUUCCCAAUCAAGAGAAAAAAAUUGUAACUUGAAGAAGCGUCUUUAUGCUGCAAAUCUGCGUGCUCAAGCCCUGUGUGAACUGGAGAAGCAUUAUCAGUUGAAAAGCCGUCAGCUGCUGGGAAUGCGUUGAAACAGUUUAUUUGUGCCUGUACAGAAGAGUGAUAUUUCUAUGAUGUUU